AUGGCCUACAUCUCAUGCUCAACAAGCACAGUUGUCGGUUCUGAAUGCCCAUUGGGAAAGCUUAGAGAGCAGCACAACGAAAGCUCAUUCAACCGCACCGAUACGCGCGCGGUCAAUUCCCAUAACGACAAUUCGAUCAGCGACCACAGCGAUCAUGUCAACCAAACAGAAACUCGAGGAACGGUGAACGAUGUUGGUUACGCAGAGAAUGUUCAACUUGCUACCCAACACGCUUCAGAAAUCAAUUCUGGUACAUUGACAACAAUCAGGGCAGAAGCCAAUAUUCUCAACGACGCCAGUCACAAUUGGGAUGGUAACUCUGGUGCAGUUACCUCCAUUGGCCAAGUUGAUAACACUCAAAACCUCACCGGAAAUACCACGAUGCAUUGUUCGUGCAACCGGUACACAUAUGUUUUCAAUCAAAGCGAUCUGAUGCCAUUGAGGGAGGGCCGUGCCCUCGUUUCGGAGACGCCAGGAGGCUCCUCGUCGUUCGCUUUGGUUCACCCUCUAUAUCCCUAUCACAUCUCUCCGCAUCUGAUGGGGACCUAUGCGGAUAGUCAUGGUGCACUCACGUCUUCUCCAAACCAAGACUUAUCGCGUAACGACGUUCGGACGGAAACAUUUUCGACGGAGGAUUCGGCGGACGCAGCUUUGUCUCGGCGCAAUGACGAAAAUCCAGUCAUCCCUCCCAACUGCUAUAUUGAAUACGCUCCCCGCGCUCCUUCUCACUCUGCGCGAGCUUAUCCGUUCAAAGGAAACAAACCACACAGCCAUCUGAUCAGCAAGCCAUUGCCUAUAUCCAAAAAUUGCCCUGCUGCGGCCUGUGUUAUGAUUUUUCGAGAUUUUAACCGCUCGUUCAUAUUCGCUACCCUCUUGUAUUUUCUAUACCGGGUCUUUGAGAAAGUUUAUGAAAGAUUAGUCAAACAUAUGGAGGAGAAACUUAUUAUUUUGAACUCUCGUUAUCGACUCAAAAACGUGUUGGACCAAAAACUAACUGACAUUGGCAACUCUAUUUGA